UAAAACAUGGCCGCGCCCUUGUGAAUCUAAAAAUGUGCUCCUAGCAACAGCGCGUCAAGCUCGAUUGUAAUGUAUAAUUCAGUUGUUAGAAAGUGCUCGCUGGCUUGUGACCAUCUGCGUUCAGUGCGGAGACUUGUCUGGACACUUCGCUCUGCAAGUCACACGCAAGGCAGAGCACGUUGCGAAGAUACCGCAAGGACGCUUCUAGAACAUCGCUGUAUCAAUGAACGAAACCAAGCAAUGUCUUACGGAACGAGCGCAGAACUUUCAUACAAACCAAAAACGAGGAAGACCAAGGUUGGGAAGCAGAGGAGAAACCAGUACAGAGAGCUGAUGAAAGUUCUCGAAGCCCACAAAAUGAAACUGGAAGGACCUGGCCAGCUUUCAAAUGGAAACACGUAUCAUAGGAAGGAAAUCAUACUGACCAUUCCGUCAACGUGUAACGUUAUAUCGUUGCCAAUUAACUGCGCCGGCUGCACCAUCACUUGUGAAAAAUGUGCUUGCAACACUGAAGUGCCCAGUGUAGACAAUUACGAUGAAGUCACUGCAACUGCAUGCGCACCAGCAACUUCGAGCCAGAGCCGCUUGAGAGAGUCGCAGCCCAUAGAAGAAGAGGACCUACUGGCUCUUCAAGGAGAUGCGGAGCUCAUGCCGACCGUGUUGCCCUUCACGUCUCAUGGUGCCAUACCUUAUGAUGUAGACCUGACGGAAGACGACCAUCAUGGGCCGCUGGCAGAGUCCGCGACUGUAAAGUUGCCCGUUUCGUCAGUUUCCAAAAAGAAGGCGGAGCCUGCCGUGUUCCGGCUUACUCCUUCACAACACGAGAAGGUGGCUAAGGUUAAGAAAGCGGACCUUGAAAGGCUGGCACAGGAGAUGCAGAUACGCAUGAGCAUGCGAGCCUUUGUUGAAGUAUGUGCACACGCAAACCUGUUGGACCAAGCCUUGUCCGCCCUGCACUAUCAUCGACAGCGAUCUAGAGAACAGAAGAAAGGCAUCACUGUGGUUGAUAUUGGAAUCUACAACUCCCUCAUCAGAGGCUAUGCUGCGAAGGGGAAGCUGUCUCGUAUACAGGAAAUCAUGCACACCAUGGAACACGACCACAUCAAGCCGAAUGCUGCCACAUUCGCAGCUCUGCUCGAGUGCCACACAUUGCAGAAGAACUUCUCACGGGACAGUGUGGAGAAAGUCAUUGAAGAAAUGAAGUCUCAUGGGAUUGUUCCUCAGCAACUGUUCACGGAUUGUAAAUUUCUCGGAAAUCAGCGGGAGCGUGUGCUUGAGGCAAUUCACAAGGUGAUGCCGGACUUUGUACCAGCACCUUCCACAUUCCCAAGAAAAUACGACUGCAAGCUCUUGCGCAGGCUGAAGACCCAGAAAGUACUGCACAAACCUCACGAGAUUCCUGGUGACCUGCCCACCAUAGAUGAACUUCGAGAAUGUGCCCGUGAACAGAUGGGCUUAGAGACUGAUGGUGAAGUCACUGUGCAGUCACUGGCAAAGCUGAACAAUCCUUCUGAGAAAGUCCUUCAAAUGAGAAAACAGGUGCAGGAAUGGGAAGCGGCAUGGAGAGUGAAGCUCAGAGAUGCCUUUAUGAAGAACGUCAGGUCUCUACUCAGUCACUCCUACAUGAAUCGUGGGAUGUCCUUGUACCCUUACCUGUCCGUCUUGGAGCCUGAUGCCUAUGUGAACGUAAUGCUACAGGAGAUUCGAGCACUGGCCAUGUCUUCUGAGACUUUCAGUCCGUCCUUGUUUGUUUUACAUCAUGGUGUUGGAAUCAAGGUGAUGACCCGUUACAUGACUGCUGUGAAGAAGCGCAGUGGAAUUGCAUCCAAGGUGAGCACACUGUAUGACAAGUACCUUGAGUACUGUCUCCAGCCUGAGUUGUGGAGUCGCUAUACAGCGCGGGAAUGGUGGCAGAGACUCAACGCUGAAAACUGUUUGGGACCUUCUCUGGAUGCUGAAAUAGCUCACUGGCCAUUCCAUGCUGUACUGGGGAUUGGACGCUUUCUAUAUGACAUAAUGUUUCAUGAAGUCAAAAUCGACAUCAAUGUCAUGCGGCCUUCCUCAACAAAGGCAAUGGUGCCUGCAUUCUACAACAUCUACAGGACUGUCGGCGUGAGAACAAAAGAGGAGAUAAAGCCUCACCCACUGCUCUCCAAAAUGUACCGGGAAGCAUCCCUUGAGGAGCUUGCUUUUGAUGUUGGUCUGUUACCCAUGGUGUGCCCGCCGUUGCCUUGGUCUGAUGUCAACAGUGGAAUCUUCUUGCUCACACAGACAACCCUGGUGAGACUGCCUGAAGCAGCCCAGCAACAGAAACUGGUGCUUGAGGAGACUCCCGUACAACAGUUGUAUCCAAGCUUUGAUGCCCUCAACAUCCUUGGUCUCUGUCCUUGGAGGAUUAACAAACCUGUGCUUGAUCUGGUGAUUGAAGUGUUUCUCAACAAAGGCAGUGCUGAGUUGGACAUCCCCAUUCCCCCAUCAGAGCACCCAGCCCCACCCAAGUUCGAACCUGGCAUGAGCAAAGCAGACAAGGUCAAGGUUACUCGAGAGCGCGUGUUGAACAAGCGAAGACGCGCCGAAAUGUACAGUCUGUGGUGUGAUGCCCUCUACAAGCUUUCCAUUGCCAAUCAUUUCAGGGACAGGGUGUUCUGGUUUCCACACAACAUGGACUUCAGAGGAAGAGUCUACCCAUGUCCACCUCAUUUUAAUCAUCUUGGCAGUGACGUUGUGCGAGGCAUUCUACUGUUUGCCAGAGGUGAACCCCUUGGUGAAAAAGGCUUGGACUGGCUGAAAGUCCACCUGAUCAACUUGACUGGCCUCAAAAAAAGGGAUCCUGUGUCUGAGAGACUGAAGUUUGCCGAUGAAGUAAUGCCUGAAAUUCUUGACUCGGCUGACAACCCCAUGACGGGUCGGCGGUGGUGGACCAAGUCAGAUGAGCCUUGGCAGACAUUGGCCUGCUGUAAAGAAGUGGCGGCCGCCGUGCGGUCGCCUGAUCCAACGCGUCACAUCUGCUACCUGCCAGUGCACCAGGAUGGCUCCUGCAAUGGCUUGCAGCACUACGCAGCCCUGGGCAGGGACGCCCAUGGUGCCGCACAGGUCAACCUGCAGCCUGAUGAGAGGCCGCAGGACGUGUACAGCGGUGUGGCAGCAUUGGUUGAGCGAGAGAGAAAGAAAGAUGCAGCCAAAGGCCUGCCCAUUGCCAAGGUGCUUGAAGGACACAUCAAGAGGAAGGUGGUGAAACAGACAGUGAUGACGGUGGUGUAUGGCGUGACGCGCUUUGGUGCCCACCUCCAGAUACUGAAGCAGCUCAAGGACUUGGAUGACUUCCCCCAGGAGCACUGUUGGGCAGCUGCCCACUACCUUGUCCAGAAGACCUUCCUGUCCCUCCAGGAGAUGUUCACUGCCACACGCGAGAUACAGGACUGGUUUACCACGUGCGCCAAGAUGAUUUCGUACGUGUGCUGUCAGCCUGUCUCGUGGGUGACUCCGUUGGGACUUCCCGUCAUCCAGCCAUACCACAAGCCCACUUCGGUGAAGAGCCCAGUCUCUUAUGGUGACAGGAUAAGCCCCGAGUUUCGAUCUAUCUUCGAAAUGCACCAGAGGCCUAAUGUGAUGAAGCAGAAGAAUGGCUUCCCUCCUAAUUUUAUCCAUUCGCUUGAUUCAAGCCACAUGAUGCUGACAGCCAUUUUCUGCCAAAAGGCAGGAAUUCAAUUUGUGUCUGUCCAUGAUUGCUACUGGACUCAUCCAAAUACGGUGGACAUCAUGAACAAGAUGUGCAGGGAGCAGUUUGUGGCCUUGCACAGUGAGCCCAUCCUCGAGGAUUUGUCAAAGCACUUUGUGCGCACAUUUGGCUACAAAGAGAGCGAGGUUGCCGGAGUCAGUAGACUGGCAGAAUUGGCAGUGCAGAAGCUUAACAAGGUGAUCACGCAGAUUCCCGAGAAAGGUUCCUUCAAGUUGGAAAAUGUGUUGGACUCUGUGUACUUCUUUAGUUAAGGCGCAGUGCUGCAUCUAUGUUGGACGAUAUGGCAAAAUGUACGGCGAAUACAUGCGCACAGCCUUGUUCUUAUGUACAUAAUAUAUGUAAGUAGCCUGUAAAUUAAGAAAAAAUGUUAUAUUUGUUAAAUAAAUGUGCUUACAUUGUUAA